AUGGAUCGUGAUGGUGUGGCUGUGUCCGUCAGUGGGGCGGUUGCGAUGGGACGACGUGCGCAUCGAUCCAUCGAUUGGUACAGCCGCGCCGACAAUGAUUACACGACCUCCUGCGCGAUGGUUGUGGCGGCUGCCCAUGACGGCUACUACUUACCCGAGGAAGUAACGGAUUUCAUGGACCCUAACUCUUCCAGUCCUUCAUCAUCUCUUUUCGAACCUCAUCAUGCUUUCCAUUAUGCUCUUGUUAUCUCCAUCACCUUGUCUCAUUCAUUCUUCGUGCCCAUGAAUUCCGAAGAAUGA